ACCGCCACCGUGAGCCGGCGGCACAGCGGACCGCGCGCUUUCCCCCUCGCGGCGACCUCUCACCCGCGCCGGAAGGACCCCGAGGAGGAGGAGGAGACUAGGAGCCCGCCUGAGCGCUGAGUUCUUUCUGAGGCGCGCAAGGGGAGCCGGGCAGGGGCGGAGCCUUCCCUCCCGCGUUCUCUAGCGGGGCCUCAAAGGCAUAACUAACGGGAGGAGAAGAGCUCGGCGUGGUCGGCUUAUCCCUGAAGUACUACAUGUCCCGGCGUGCUGUGCGCGUAAAUCCUCCUUUUCUCCACAAAACCUGCUUCGUCGGCCUGUGUGAUAAAUGACCACCGCCCCCUUUUUAUUAUUACUUAACGCUUGGAAGUUCAAUGAUAGUCCCAGCGGGGGAGGGGGAGAGAAUAAAUAAAUACGCGUGGUUGCCCCUGUCCCGCUGAACGACUACAUUUCCCAGCAUGCUCCACGGCUGCUCUCUGCUCCCUGACAUGCCCGCGAAGGCUCGUUGGAGGGAGUGCGCACGCGCGACAGCCUCGAGCGUCCUGCUCGACAGCGGAGGGGCGGGGCAGCCCGUGGGAGUGACGGCUUAACCCCUGCCUGGGUGGGGAUUCCUGAGGAUUUGCAUUCCGUUCUUUCCUUCCAGUGUUAAGGAUCUUACGGCGGAGCUUAGAGACUCUCAAGCUCAAGAUGUCUCGAAAUGUAAGUGUGUGUCUCCCUUUCCUUAAAGGUGGCCCUAGGAAUCAUGGAAUUGUUCGGUUGGAAGGGACCCCGAGGCUCCUGUAGCCCAACCUCUCUUUGCAAGGCAGGGAUCUCAACUAGAUCUCGACGCUCGCGGGUUUAGAGACGGGCUGAGACACACCAAAAACUUGCGGGCAUCCCGGGGCUGCGAUCCUACGCACUCUGGCUUGGGAGGCAGCAAGCUUCAUUGAACGCAGCGAGACUUACUUCCGAGUAAAUGUGCACAGGAUCGGGUGGCGUGAGAUCAGCUGGCUUGUCAGCGCGGGAACGAACAGCUGUGCUUUUAUUUUUUUUUCCUGAUGGGGAGAAGUUAAGUAGAUGCUGCUUGCAGGACUUAAAAUGGAGAGGAACCGUUUUCUCCUCCGUGGUUUCUAUUACUACUGCUACGGAAAUACCGAUUCCUCUGAGUCUGAGACAUUAGGCGUUGUUAACCAGCAUGUGCCUCAAGAUGCUGUGUGACUUACUCUGCAUCCUCUUUGCUGCCAACAACUAGCGCAGCUAUUCCCUUGGAAAAGGGCGUCUGCUUAUGAAUUGUUUCAGGGUGUUGUCACUCACCAAGUUUGAAAACGGACCUUUUUUGGGUUCCAGUGCGUACAAGUACAAACAUACAUCUUACCUUGGCUGCAGCACAUGCUCAGAUUAAAGGGGACUCGCUUCUACUUUCCACCCCACAGUAACAACGUUUUUAAGUAAAUGGACAAAAGGCAAGAGAGAAGCCAUGCUAAAAACAUUCUAUCAUUUACCAGGGCAAAUUUGACAUGGCUUACUUCUGCUUGCAUAUGCCUGUGCAGUUAAAACGACACCAUUGGGUUUAAUAUGAUUAAAGCAGGCAUAGGCAAACUGGGCCCUCCAGAUGUUUUGGGACUACAACUCCCAUCAUCCCUAGCUAACAGGACCAGUGGUCACUGGUCAGGGAUGAUGGGAAUUGUAGUCUCAAAACAGAUGGAGGGCCAAGUUUCCCUAUGCCUGGAUUAAAGGGUGCUAGGCUGCAGUCAACAAGUAUUUAAUUAAACAACAACAACCUCAACAACCACCAAGAUCUCCCAUCAGGAAUUAAUCAAGAAAGACUGGCAAAACUGUUGAAUCUUACUAAAAGGAUACAUAGCCAAGCUAGCUGGCACCCACAGAUUAAUCCUGUAGGCUAAACCUCAUGUGAAAUGCACAGUGCACUUCUAUGAAUGUUUAUGCAAAAGUAAGUCCCACUGUGUUCAGUGAGACUUGCUCCCAGGUAGUUGUGAAUAGGCUUGCCACCUUAGUAGGGUCUCUUCUGAAAGUAUUGGCUGGAGGGAACUAUACUGGUCUGGUUGCCUAAAGCACAAGAUGGAGCAGCACAGUGACAGAAGGAGGUAGAGGGAGGUCAGUACACUUUGAGUAGGUAGGUAAGUUUCAUCCCCUGGGCAAAACUAUAAAGCUGAACAAAUGAGCUGGUAGACGAAGGCUACAGUCUUCUACAUGCUUACUUGGGAGUAAGCCCCAUUGAACACUUUUGAACUUACUUCUCUAAAGAAUUUGUGUUUUGUUUCUACCAGCUGUGCUUUGAUAUCAGUUCUUCAGAAGCAAUGAUUGAGCAUGGUCUUGUUUUAACUUCUGCCCUGUGGUUAAAACAAGGAGAAGUUAGCUGAGUAGCAUGUGCACACACAGCUUCUUUGCAUGUCAUCCUGGGAAGCAAGUGUGUGUCUGCUUGGCUCAGAAAGCCAGUUGCUAUGGGCACCUGUAGAAAAUAUUUUGAGUAGACACACCCUAAAAUGUGUUUCAGUGUGGGCAAUUGAUAAUCCUUCUGUGUCUCUUCACGGUGUUAUUUUUAAACUGCGUUAUUUAGUCCUGUGCUAAUGUUGAGAAGUAGAGUCUGUGAACGAUGUUGAAUGUUUAGACUGAGCAUUCCAUGCUUCUUUAUUCCCCCUUAACCUUUAAAAAAUCCAAACCAAAGUAUUUUCCCACCACCAGAACCAUGAAGGGAAGGAUUGCUUGAAGUGUUCCUUCAUGCAUACAGGCCAAAGUGUUGAAUGCUACCUGCAUUCAGUGGUGGUGGUUGCAUAUGCACUGUUGCAGAAUUCUGAUCCUUUUUCCAGUUGAAAAAGAGCUGAAAGUGACCACUCUGUUUAUGGACUGGAAUAGCACUGCAAUGUCAGUAGUCUUAGAACUGCAGCCUUGGCUAUUUCCUUUUUGAAAUGUGCAUAGGUAGUUGUAAGUGAGCAUUAAUAAUGUAUUCAGUAGGGUGGGGUGGAAACUGAAUUGCUGUCUUGAAAGGUAGGUUCUUAGCUUAUGCUUAUCACUUUUUUUGCCAAAUAAAAACUGGUAUCUACCACCAUUGCUGUAGCAGACUAUUCCCCCCCCCCCGGGGAAAUCCCAUCCUUGCUAUUUUUAGUACCUAUUUUCAUGGCACUAAUGGACUAUAUGAAAAUAUGAUCUCUAUUGCUUGUAAACUGUCUGUGUAGAGAACACAUUGUCAAGAGGCUGACGCCAACCUGCUGAUUUCUCUUUUGGGUGUUGAGCAUGCCAUGGUAGGAACUCUGCCCAGAAGUAAUUUCUUUUGAUUUUGUUUUUUCUUUUAUAACAGUUUUCUGACACCGGUAGCAAGAAAGAACAUGUUAAAAUUACAAGUGAGCGCAAGCCUGGAUUUCUGGAGCGCCUCAGUGAAACUUCUGGAGGGAUGCUCAUAGGACUUGCCGCAUUUGCCCUCUCUUUUUACGUUCUUUUUACCAAUGAGGUAAGUCAAGGCAGGGAGGAUGGAAUUAUUGUUUCAAGUAGCCCAGGGGUAUAAAAUAUUAAGGCCCUUUGGGGAUUCCCCAGUAGGACUCAUAGAUCGGCUGGCAACGGUUCUCUAGACCUUCAGGCAGGAAUCUCUCCCAGCCCUGCCUUGAGAUGCUGAGGACUGAACCUGGGACCUUUAGGUGGAAAAACAGAUGCUGUGCCACCGAGCUAUGGCUCUCUUCCUGGGCUCCUUUUUAAGCCCACUUUAUUGAGUGGGUUCUUUCGCUCAGUAAAGGUACCUUUGGAAAUAGCUUUUAAAGAUCGAGCUCAAGCUUCCUCUGAAGAAUUUAUAGCCCUAACUUAAUUAUUUUGCAUUUGUGCAGCUGUGAUAAGUGCUAAUGUAUUUGCCUCCAGAACUUCACAAUGCAAUUUUGGCAUUAAUUUUGCAUCUCAGAAAUAACGACAACAAAAAUCUUUACAUGCCAUUAUCUGGAAUGUCACCCGCAGACCUUUUCAAAAUGUCUUAACUGCUUUUACUGGCAGAAUUACGAGGGAGAAGGUGGUUCUGCAGGGACGCGGGUGGCGCUGUGGGUUAAACCACAGAGCCUAGGACUUGCCGAUCAGAAGGUCGGCGGUUCGAAUCCCCGCGACGGGGUGAGCUCCCGUUUUUUGGUCCCAGCUCCUGCCCACCUAGCAGUUUGAAAGCACGUCAAAGUUCAAGUAGAUAAAUAGGUACUGCUCCGGCGGGAAGGUAAACGGCGUUUCCAUGCGCUGCCAGAAGCAGCUUCGUCAUCCUGGCCACGUGACCCGGAAGCUGUACGCCGGCUCCCUCAGCCAAUAAAGCGAGAUGAGCGCCGCAACUCCUGAGUCGGCCACGACUGGACCUAAUGGUCAGGGGUCCCUUUACCUUUACCUAGGUGGUUCAGCAUUGCUCUGCAACUGUGGUAUUUCCUCUGUAUCUCAAGCCUGAAGUCAUCCCAUAAUUCAUCCAGAUUCUCCCCAGAAUUCAGCCCUGCUCACCCUGACGCACUUUCUCACUGUUCCCAUUCAAGUGCUCUUUCUUGCCUGAAAUGUGUCCUUAAACCAGAAUGCUUGCCUCAAUGGUGGGUGGAGAGAUUGGGGAACACUGGGAUGUGGCUUUUGCCUGGCUGUCAUAUAGCCCAGGGCACAAAGGUGUAAGAUUCACCCAUUGCUCUGCCCAGUGCUGGGAUGCAACCCCUGGAAGCUACCCCACCUCUGCUUGCAAGGAUUUUCUAUAGGUCAAUUUUAGCACAACGUUCCACUGUCUUGUCGCCUCAAAGUGUGCUCUUCCCACUCCCACCCCUCUCGCAUUUUGUUGUCUGUAGGGGCGAGCUUUGAAGACGGCCUCCUCUUUAGAAGAAGGGCUUUCUCUGGUGGUCCCUCUCGACGACAUCCAGAACAUAUUACAAGAGAAUGAAAGGAAACUUGUGCACCUGUCGGGUCCCCUUAGAACUUCAAAGGUAAAUAAAGUGACGCUACCAGAAGAAUUUGUAGAUUGUCCCCCACCUCCACAUUGCAGUGUUUUGCUUUGUUUUUAAAAGUGCUGCUUCAGUUAUCCCAUACAUUUGGAUGCCUUGCCUGAAAAAGCUUGUGCUUGUUUAUUUCACCCUAUUGUAUGUAUGUGUGUGUGGGGGGGUUAUGUACGCAUGAGAAUCUGCAACUUCAAAUGCGAUCAAAGGUGUAAGUUAGAGUGAGCAUCUGGAAUGCACAAUGCUUCAAAAGUUAUGGCUCAUGCCAUUUUGUGUUUUCUGGAAACACUGCUCCCUAAUGCUUUAUGUAGGGGGCAAAGUACAGAGGUUAAUUUCUCAGUGCUACGACACACGUCUAGAUGCCUGGAAAUCUUGCCCUCUGGCUCAGAACCUUUCUUACUGGGUAACUGCCUAUAGUGAGGGAAAGGUCCUCUGAAUAUGUUUGAAAGCACUCCUACAUUGAUGUGUUUCAGGGAUCAGCUACCAGCAACCUUAAAAGCAAGUUCCUUUUAUUAAGCCAUAGUAAGAAAAGCCCUCUGCUAAGGACUUUGUAAGACCGUGCAUUACAAUGUAAUGAUGCAAUAGUAUCAUUUAAGUAAGGCUUACGUUUGGGCCCCUUUGGUACCCCAAACCCCGCUGUCUAGAAUAUGCCAGGCAGUCAGGCCACUUAGCUAGGAUUCUGCAUUUCACAGGUUAGUAAAUGGGCUUAUGAGUUGGCUUGCACUUUUGUGUUGGCUUGUCUAACAAUGUUGUCCUUCAAAAUCCAGGCAAAAGUUGCUUUUUUCCUGGCGUACUUCCUGUAGUUCCCAUGCUUGUUGGCAAUUCUUCUCUGGAAAGGCAUUCGCUUUAGCUGACAACCCUAUCUAGAACUGAGUCUGACUUGCCCUGAUAGGGCUUGCAUAGGACCCCUUGCCUAUCAGAAAAGCCAGCUGGGGCUUGGGAAUGCCUAUAGCCAGCAGAAAACUUUGGGCAGAGUCAUCGUUUGUCAUCGCUUUUCAGCAGGCUACUAAAGAAGAUUUCUGACUCUGAGGGACCUUAGCUCUAAUUUGCAAACGCCCAACACCUAACAAGUUUGUAGACAUGCCAUUGCGCCCCAGAUUUAAGUAGUGCCUUUUGCUUCUCUGUCUCUUCACCCGCCCAAAGUCUUGGGAAACCUUUGUAAACUACAGAUCUCCUGAUUGGAACUUUGUUUUGCGUUUGAUAGCCUUUAUAUGAUCCCAGCUAUGGACUUUCUAUCCGGGCUGUCAAGCUGAAGCGUAAUGUGGAGAUGUAUCAGUGGGUAGAAUAUGAAGAUUCCAAGUAAGAUGAACUUAUUAAUGUUUUCUCUGCCAUGGAACAUAUGUGUGGGACUGGGGCGUGUGUUUGGGCAUAGGGACUUGUACUCUAUAAUCCAGAACACAGCAUUAUGUUCACCUGUAGCUUUCCUCCACAACUUUCUCUUUUAAUUCUUUUCUGUACUCUACCCUUGAGGCCUACAACAAUUAUUUGGUCAAGUCUUUUCUUUUGGAAUGCAGUAUAUACUUUCCCCCCACGGUGACUGAUUAUUCAAAUCUAUAAAGAGCAAAUGAACACAGAACCAUGAGUCACUUGUUUAUAGCUGGCUUCUGUUGUGGAAAGUAUGAGACACUGAGCUAUAGGGAAAAUAUUACCACUGGUUCUCAUGCCUCCAACCCUUCUCUCUACCUUGCCUUGGCUGGGUUUUGUGCCAAAAUAGACAAUAGUCAGUUGGCGUGGGUGCUGGCAUCUUGCCUACUGCUCCAGAUUCCUUUGUCACACCAAACCUGGACCCAUUUCACUGAAUAUUCUACUCUUCCCUUCCUUGCAGUAGCCUUUCUAUUGCUUCCCUCUCAUUCCUGCUGCUAGCAGGGCACAUCUCUGUGCCUGCUUAGCUCAGCGGUGAGCAGUUGGUGGGAGUUAACAUCUUGGCUACCCCUGAACUAAACAGAGCUUUCCAUUAUCCCACAGAAGCAGCACUGUUGGACCAAUGGUCUCUUGGACCUGAUUAGUUAAAAUGUUACACUGGCAUUUGCUAAUAUUUUUUCUGUGAUUCAUAUACAAAAAAGCUGUGUGAAAUGUAGACUCCUUGCGGAAUGCACUUUGGUGUGUGUUUAACUUCUCUGUCCCCCCCUCACCCUCUGUAGAGAAUAUGAAGAGAAUGGUGAAGUGAAAAAAGAAACCAGAUAUUCAUAUAGUAAGUUGACUAGCACACAAAUUUCUCCCAUUAGGACUGGUAACUGUGCCUUCAGACAGCUACUUGACAGGCAUACAUUCAACAGGGACAGCUCUUACCAUCACUUUCCUCAGCUCUGAGGUGGGGGAAGGUGUGUUGUGUUGUUGCAUAAAGUGAUUGCCAGACCUGCCCCUCUUGAAUUUCUUUCUGUCAUGCAGCAGCUGUUAAACAAUGGCAGGAGAAUGGCAGCAACCUUACCCUUCACUUUUGUGGCAUUGUUUAUGUACUGCAGCUAUAUAUUGUGUGUCCUUCAAGGAUCUCAAAAUGGAAUAGUUAUCCAGCUGGGUUGCCUACAAAGAUGUGGCAGGCAAAAGGUGGCUGAAGCCUAAUACAGUGGUACCUUGGGUUACAUACGCUUCAAGUUACAUACACUUCAGGUUACAGACUCCGCUAACCCAGAAAUAGUGCUUCAGGUUAAGAACUUUGCCACAGGAUGAGAACAGAAAUUGUGCUCCUGUGGCGCGGCAGCAGCAGUAGGCCCCAUUAGCUAAAGUGGUGCUUCAGGUUAAGAACAGUUUCAGGUUAAGAACGGACCUCCGGAACAAAUUAAGUACUUAACCUGAGGUACCACUGUAUACCUUUUUUGGGGGGGGGAAUACCUGCAUGAGUGAUUUGCAUGUUAUGCUAAGACAACCUGGGCUUCAGUGCUCAAAAAUGCAAUGAACGAGUCUGUUUUUCAGGAAGUCUUAAAAGUUGUGGCUUGAAGAUUCCACAGUGGACGCUUGGGUUGUGAACGUGAUCCAUGCGGGAGGCACGUUCGCAACCCGCUGUGUUCGCACCCACAGUGCCGUGCCUGCACACUCAUGAGCUGCGAUUUGGCGUUUCUGCGCAUGUUCAAAGCAUGAUUUAGCGCUUCUGUGCAUGCACGAUUGCUGAAACCCGGAAGAAACCCGUUCCGGUACUUCCAGGUUUCGGCACGUCCAUAACCCGAAAAAAAGCAACCUGAAGCAGCUGUAACCCAAAGUAUGACUGUAAUUCCAUUGCCUUCUCGAAAAUGGGUGAGAUUUAAGCCCCAUCCUCAAUAUUCUUCCACGUUGCAUAUUCUGUGGGCUUGCUGUAGCAUCACUUCUUCAGCUGACACGACCUUGUUCUGUUCAGAUCCCUCACCCACCCUGUACACCUCUCAGUUACGUUGUUCACUUCAUGGUAUAUAGUCCAAUCCGAUUUGCUAGGCACUUUUUUAGUAUGCAGGUACCCCUUGCUGGUUGCACUCUGUAUGCAAAUUGAAGUGGGGAGGUGCAUUCUAAACUAACAUCUCCUUGGUCUCUUUUUCUAUAUACUUUCUUGUUUCCUUUUUAGAUACUGAAUGGAAAUCGGAAGUUGUGAACAGCAGAAAUUUUGAUCGGGAAAUUGGUCAUAAAAAUCCUAGGUAAGCCCCGUAUUUCACCAUCUCACAGAACCUUGCCCAUUAUGAAAUGGGUUGAAAUGAAUGAUGGCUCAUUCACUUACCGUGCAAUCCUAACCACGUCUACUCAGAAAGAAGUCCUAAUGAAUUCAGUGGUGCUUCCUCCCAGUAAAUGGGGUUAAGAUUAUAUCUUAAACCCUGAACUAGAUACUGUUAGGUAUUCUGCAGUCAGAAAAGGAUGGCACUGUAAAUCACUUAGCAAAUACAUUUGAAUAGGUUUCCUGACACGGCAUGCUUGUUUUGCCAAAUAGAAAUCUUUGCUAACCCUUUCUGUGCCAUUGUGUCUAUUGAGUUGGAAUAAACUUUGCAAUUACUUUUUUCCACGCAGUGCCAUGGCUGUUGAAACUUUCACUGCAGUUGCUCCUGAUGUCCAAGUAGGCAGAUUCUUUCUUUCCAAAGGUAAGAACUUUUAGUUUUGGUGUAGUUAGACUAUGCUUUAAGAUCAUUCCACAUUGAGUAAAUUAUGGAAAAACUGAUAAAAGGACAUUUUGACUUUAGCAGUCUGUUUCCAGUUCCAACUGGGUUUUGUUGAACCUCUGCAGAGCAGAAAUCACACAAGACAUAUCCAGAAUGUCUGUUUGGGUUAUUGUAGUUAAAUAUCACAGAACAGAGCAACUCCUUUGUUUCCUAGGCCUUGUUGAGAAGAUUGAUAACUUCAAACAGAUGAGCUUGGCAAAACUGGAAGAUCCCCAUGCUGAUGUGAUCCGCUCAGGGGAUUACUUUUUUCACAGUGAGAAUCCUCGACGUCCCGAAGUAAGAAACCAAUUUACAAUUAACAGUUCAAAAACUAACUCAAAACUCUGUUGCCUUCCCACCACCACUAACAACUGCAGUUAUAUUGUGUAUACUGUUUGUCUUGUCAUAUACUCUCGCUCCUAUAAGGCUGCAAUCCUAUACAGCAGGGGUGGGGAGCCUUUUUGGCUGCAUGGGCCAGAUGUUUAUCAGAAUCUGCCUGAUGGGCCAAAUUUGACUGCCCACCUGUCAAUCACCUGAUGUCACAAAUGACAUCAGGAAUUUAGUGCUUUGACGUUCCAAAAUUGGGGCUUCAAAGCACUAGCAGGUAACUACAAACCCAUUUGCAGUGAAACAGCAGCUGAAGUGGAGAGAGAACAAUACUCAGAUCAAGUAAGAUCACCCUGCCUUCACAGAGGCGGAGGUGGGGAUCCUGCUUAGUGCUGGGUUCAGGUAUAUGAGAGAGCUUCUUGCAGGGAAGUUCUGCACUACUGCCAAAUCAAGAAUGUCACUUGGGAAACUUACUUAAAGGAUGGGAAUAGCAUGAACUCAGAUAAUGUAGAUUUCCAAAAUCUCCACUGGGAAGCUUCUGUUACCAAGCCUUUACCUUGUUUGUUUCUCCCACUUUCAGGUAGGAGAUCUUCGUGUUUCUUUCUUCUAUGCAGGUUUGAGUGGAGACUCAUCCCACCUGGGUCCAGCAGAUACGGUAAGUGUUCCAGCUCUCUCCUACUCCUCCCUGUGUGAAGAAAUAACACUUCUGUGUAAUGAAACUGUUAACAUGCGAGGCUCUUUUUAAGACACUCAUUUUCAACUCUGGAAUUUUUCAGGUGACAGUAAUUGCUCGUCAACAAGGGGACCAGUUGGCUUCAUACCGAACCAAGGCUGGGGAUAUCUUGCAGAUCCUCUAUCCCGAUGAGCUCUCUGCUGAGGUAAGAGUUAUAGAUACAGGAGAACACGAGAAAGAAUGGUCUUCUCCUUGUAUGUAUAAGUGAGAUAUGCAGCAGAAUCCAAUUUACUUUCUGCUUCUUUUCUCUUGGGACUUUGUGUCUUUGAGGAAGGGCUGUAGCUCAGUGAUAGAGUAUGUGAUUUGCAUGUGAAGGGUCUGUAGUCCAAUCCGUAACAAUAUCAUGUAGGGAUGAGAAAGACCAUGGGUAGGCAAAUGAAGGCCCGGGGGCUAGAUGCGGCCCAAUCGCCUUCUCAAUCCGGCCCGUGGACGAUCUGGGAAUCAGCGUGUUUUUACAUGAGUAGAAUGUGUCCUUUUAUUUAAAAUGUAUCUCUGGGUUAUUUGUGGGUCAUAGGAAUUCAGUCAUUCUCUCCCCCCCCCAAUAUAGUCCAGACCCCCACAAGGUCUGAGGGACAGUGAACCCUGCUGAAAAAGUUUGCUGACCCCUGAGAAAGUCUCUUGUCUAAACCCUGAAGAGCCACUACCAGGCAGACAAAUGCUGAGCUACAUCUGCUGCAGAGAACUGGGGGCCAGCCAGAUCCUGACCUUCCUCAACCACUGCGGGUCAUUUGCUCCCCGCCCACCUGCCAAUAAGGUGACAUCACUAUGACUUCAGCUGAGUGUGCUUUCCUUUGCCUGUUUGUUUGAUUUUAGACUAUGCAGGCACAGGCACAGGCUGGGAGCGGCAUCUUUAUUUGCCCCACUUAAAUGUCAAGCAAAGGGAACCAUUGGAGCAGCAGGACAGAAGGGCCAGUGACUGUAUCCUCACCCGCAAGUUUGGACCCAUUGAAGGCAUUGUUCCCAGGCGAAGAUGUGUCAAUCUUUGUAGUAGAUGGAGUAAGAAAUCAGAGAAGUUUGGUUGGCAGGGAGGGUAGGGUGUCAUAGGAGUAGGUAUGUAGCAGGAGCGUUUCUGCAUAUCAUUGGUCUAUGACUGCUCCUUGGUCUCUUGGCCAGCCAGGAAUUCUUUCUGUCAUAGGAUAUACGGGAGGAACAUUGCAUUUCAGUAAAUGAAAUCAUGGGAGGUGUUGGAAGAACAGUAGAAUAGUUAAUUCAAACGCAGAGAAAAUUUUCCAGACUUGUUAAAUUUGCAGAGUUAUAUCUCAGAAAGAGAAGUUGUUUAUGAUGAUGAGGUGGUACACUAUCCAGAAAGGAUUUUUAAAAAUUAAAAAAGUCUAGUAUUUUUUGUACUAAAUGGUGCUACAUGGUGUUAUAUCUUUAUCUUCUGUUCCAGCAAGAUGUUUUAGCCACCUCACUCCACUCCUCUUCCCCACACCCCCAGGUUGUUUCACACAUUUCCCCCCAAUAUCCUACUUUCACGAAGUCCUUAAGACAGGCAGGAAAUCACUGCCCACCCUCAUCUGUUAAAAACAUAGAAGCAAUGUGUGUGUGUGUGUGUGUGUGUGUGUGUGUGUGUGUGGCUGGCUGGAUCUGCCCUCCACAAUGUGCCAACCUUCCAGACAUUUGGGACUCUGAUCUCCUUCAGUUGGACUGGUAGUAUUUGAAGUCCAAAUCUUCUGGAGGGCACUGCGGUGGGGAAGGCCAGGCUAGAUGGAGGUGGGUGGGUGUGUCCACUACAUACUUGAUCAGCAUGAUUCCAAUCAAGGAUUAUCUCACACUCUGACCCAAAAGAGCAGUGAUGUAAUCUAGCAAUGUAGAUCAACUUAAUGGAAUGUUAUUUCAUUAUGUGUUACAAAGGGCAGGGGAGUCAGUAUUGCUGCUACUGCUUCUUUUUUAAGGAAUAAAAGUCAGUUGUUUGCUUCCAUCUCUGUUGAAUAUUGUAAAUAGUGUGUGUAUAGAUUUAUAUCAGCUGCAUUUGGACAUCAUGUUCAUGCAUGUAACACUAAAGCACGGUUUCGUGUUGCAUCCAAACAUAGCCAUUGUCUUACGCAUAAAAAUUUCAGAACAGUGGUAUGUAGAAUUUGCAGAGCUGUAUCUUAUAGGAAAGCUUGGUGUACUCACUGAACACUGAACGCAUUUUAGGAGGUGUUCCAGAAAGAACAUGAAAGUAACAACAUGAAGACCUGGGGCCUCCGUGCAGCUGGAUGGAUGUCUAUGUUUGUAGGCAUCAGCCUUAUGACCAGGAUUUUUUACACCCUGGGUAAGUUUUGCUGGUAGCAACCUGACUUGAUUGAUAAAUCAAGCAUUUAAUCAAAUUAUUAUUAUUAUUAUUAUUAUUAUUAUUAUUAUUAUUAUUAUUAAUAUAUCAGUAUAUUGGAUCCAAGCAACUUCUGUACUAUAAUAGCAAGUCUGUCAUUAUAAUAGUGUAGCCAGCGCUAUUUUUCUAGAAAAAGAGGUGCCGGAACUCACCAUGAAUGUCUCCCUUGUUCUCUUAUAAUGACAAUGGCACUCACCUGAGAGGUGCCAGAAUUGAAUUCUGGUGAGUUCUGGCUGGGGAAAAAAGCCCUGAGUGUAGUGAUCCUGCUCCUGAGCUUGAACAUUAACGGAUGAAUUGUAACUCAGUUCUCCCCUUCCUGUGCUUUGUGUUCUCUCUCAUGCUGAUGAUCCAGGACCCAGGAUUAGGGAGGCACUUUCACAGGACACUCUAGUUUAGAAUACGGUUUGCUAAGAGGGAGAAGGAAGGUACUUGCUUGUUUUUGAGCAGAGCUACAGUAAGGGUGUGAAACUCAACAGAAGUGAAUGAGAACCAUGUUCCACACAACAGAAAAUAUGUCGAGUCCUACCUCUUCUGCAUAAUCUCUUUUGAGACUCUGGGUUCUCCAAGGCUUUGCUUUCCCCCUUUCUGAAGUGGGCAGAUGACUUAGGCUGCAAUUGUAACCCCACUUGCCUGGGAGUAAGAGCUGUUCAGUUCAACAGGGCUGACUUCUGAGUGGACAGUUAGGGAUGGCAGCCUUAUUAUUAUUUUUCUUACAUUAAUAUCCUACCUGCCUUCCAUCAUGGAGCAGCUUAUUUGUGGUCCCCCACCAGGGAGCUCACCAGGUCCAGGCCUUUUCACCUCCGGCAAGGAGGUGGCCUUGUGUGCCUUCAGAUGAUACCCAGGGACUAUACAGAGGAUGCUACCACCUGUCAAAUCAGAUUUCCAAACUUACUGGAAACUAUUUUGUUUAUUACAUUUGUAUCCCACCUCUGUUUCCUCUAAGGAGCUCGGGGUGGCAUAUAUGGUAUGCUUUCAGUUUACAAGUGACAAGCCCAAGCUUAUUCCGUGGCCAAGUGGAGACCUGAGCUUUGAUCUCCCUCGUCCAGCUUCUGCACUGUUAACUUUCUGUCCUCUGUGGCUUUUCAGUGCUCAGAGGAUUAGGCCAAAGUUUUUUUUUGUUUUUUUACUGACUUAGUGGUGGGUAAUUUGGGGAGGAAGAAGAUUUAUGAGAACGCUGGAUGAGAUUUAAAGCAUGGUUUAGCAGCAGCAUGUCAUCAUGCUGAUCUCAAACCAGUGUGUCACUGCUUCAUGUCUUGUUUAAUUCUUCUUUCCCGCUACAGUGGACUGGUUUCCAGUAGUCCGGGACCUGGUUAACCUUGGUCUGAAAGCAUUUGCCUUUUGCUUGGCCACUUCUCUGUCCCUGCUGACCAUUUCAGUGGGCUGGCUCUUCUACCGGCCUCUCUGGGCAGGACUGAUUGCCCUGUUGGCGGCGGUUCCCAUUGUGAUUGCGAGGUCCCGGGUUCCACCCAAGAAGCAGCAGUGAUCCCUGGAGAAGGGGCCUCAAGGUGCACACCCAAAUCUUUUUGGAGGCGCCCGGAACUUCUCAAGCAAUUGCCACUGUGUAUGUGUGGAUUUUGUUUUCUGUUUUCCAAAACAAAAACUCCUUGACGUUGCAAUCCAGACAGUAUGACACCAAAGAGUUCCAUGAUGGACCUAGAUGCAGAACAUGUGUACAGUUUUUAUUACAUAACCAAGUGAAAAAGUGCAACUUGUCUUUUUUAAGUUGAUGGAUACAAAAUGGUAGAAAUGGAAUAGAAUUUUUGUGUGCCGGAUAUUAAGCACAAUCAAGUGAAGCUGCCUUUGCAGCUUGAUUAAAACAGUCCGGCGACCCUCAUAAGGAAAGGAUAGGUGGUUUGUUGUAUUGAUGAAGACCACAUCAGGUUUUUGAAACUGUGUAAAUCAUUAGGGGUUUUUUUGUGCCUUUUCCUUGCUUAUCUCUGUUAAAGUUAUAUAUGAGCUUGCAUAUGAUGUAAGGGGUGAAAUGGCCAUCUUAAAGUGCUUUUGGACUGUUCUCUCCCCCCCCCACCACCCCUGUUGCAUCCCAAUUUUAAGUGUGCCUAGAGCUUUAUCUUGCUCCCAAUCACUUUUUCUGUAGUCUGGUAGAUGCUAAGUGAACUGAGUAGGGAUUUGUACCUGUGGUGAUUCUCCAUAUGAAGAACUCGCUUUAUUUGCAAAAAAAUUUUUUAAAAAAAUUUAAUGGUUUAUUUAGGAAAUUAUGACUUAAAACCAAAGCUGUAUCAACAGCCUCAGGAUACCACCUUUCUUGCAUUUAAGCAGAGGAAUGUAUUAUUUUCACUGAAAGGUAGUAAUCAUUGCAACAUAAUAUUUCUACAUGUAAACCUCUGCAAGUACUGUUACUGUUUUGUGUCCCAUGCCUCUUAUACUCCUGCAGCUAUCCUUUGUAGUUGGAAAAAAGGGGUAAACUCCAUACAUUUUACCUUAAAUGUCUGAAGAGUUAAUCCCAUUGUCGUUAGAUUCCUCAUAGUGACUCCUGGAGGGGGGAGUCACAUUCUGGGAAAGCAGAUGAUAAUUAUUUUAAUAUUGUCUGGUCUUUUCCUAUUCUUGGAGCUUGGAUACUGCUGUGCAAGGAGUCUCUGAAUCACAUAGUCUGGUCAUUGCUUGAAUAGGCAGAUGAUCUCAACCCAGUCCUGGCAAAAUGGAACUGACUAUAUCUGCUAUUUAAGAGGCUUGAGGUGGUAUUGCUUAAGGUGUUGUUAUUAUGUCAACUGUGUGCUAGAUAAUUGCACAGAGGAAAAUAUUAAGCCGGGGUUUUUUUGUAAGCCAAGGAGUAAAUUCCAGACAGCAACACUUGAAAUGCUUGGGUGGAUGUUUUUUUUUUAAAAAAAAAGAUACGUGGCAAUGCUGGUUUUUUAUGUUUUGGUGUGUUUUUUUUUAAUUUGGGUGGCAGUGCCAGACUUUUGUAUUCCAUGAAUAAAAGAUCAAUGAGUG